UGGUGGGACCUGUGUAGACAGUCUGACUGCAUCCAAUUCUUUCUUUUUCCAGCAUCAGAAGAAGUAAGCUAGUAAUUCAAGACCCAUAUGCUGAUAGUUUGCAUGGUCUCCAGUCAAGUGAAGAAACAAGUGUAUGAAGAACAUAGUUUAGUGUAUAGCUCAGCCCGCCCCUUCAUUAGGAGUUGGAUUACAGUGGCCAUGAUUUGCUCAUUAUAACGACCAAUGAAGGUUUCACCUCAUAAUAAGUUCAGAGCCAUGUGAUAUCAUAGCAGUUUGAUUAACAGCUGUUGAUUCUUGAACACACCCCUGAAGUUGCGUUUGGUCCAUAAAUGUUCACCCAAAGUCGCUGGUUCAGUCACAGAUGGUGCGGUCCGUCCAAAAGCCAGCCAAUAGCAUCAAGAGUUGUCAUCGUAGAGAAGGGGAAAAAAUCCUGACAGUCGCCAUGAUGCUUGUUUUCUCCCUGUAAUACAGCAGCGGAAACGAGUGAAGCAAGUAGAAACAAAAGAGCACGCACACGUCCUCGCGAGUUGGUAUGCGUUUGCAGUGUUACAGCAGGAAUGCCCAAAGAAAAAUAUGACCCGCCAGACCCCAGGCGGAUGUACACCAUCAUGUCAACUGAGGAGGCAGCCAAUGGAAAGAAGUCUUACUGGCCUGAGCUGGAAAUCACUGGUAAUGUCAGAAGCCUGAGCCCGUCUCUGUGGACUCUGACCCACCUCACUGCCCUACACAUCGCUGACAACUGUCUGUCACGCAUCCCACCCGACAUUGCCAAACUACACAACCUGUUGUACCUGGAUCUAUCGUCCAAUAAGAUCAGGAGCCUGCCGGCAGAGCUCGGCAACAUGGUGUCUCUCAGGGAACUGCUUUUAAAUAACAACCAGUUGCGGGUUCUGCCAUUUGAAUUGGGGAAACUGUUUCAGUUACAAACACUGGGGUUGAAAGGAAACCCACUUGCACAAGAAAUCAUGAGCCUGUACCAGGAGCAUGAUGGCACCAGGAAACUGCUCAACUACCUGCUGGACAAUCUGGCAGGUUCAAUCAAAUGCACCCCCACAGAGCAGCCCCCGUCCCGGUCGUGGAUCGCACUCCAGGAGCCUGACCAGACGAGGCCUUCUGCAUUGUUCUCUGUUAUGUGCUACAACGUGCUGUGUGAUAAGUACGCCACACGCCAGCUCUACGGCUACUGCCCCUCCUGGGCCCUCAACUGGGAGUACAGGAAGAAGUCCAUCAUGCAGGAGAUCAUGAACUGCAGCGCUGACAUCAUCAGCCUACAGGAAGUGGAGACAGAGCAGUACUACCAGUACUUCCUGCCAGAGCUGAAGGAGCAGGGCUAUGAGGGCUUCUUCAGCCCCAAGUCUCGAGCCAGAACCAUGCAUGAGUCAGACCGCAAACAUGUGGACGGUUGCGCAGUAUUCUACAGGACAGAAAAGUUCAGCGUGGUGCAGAAACACACGGUGGAGUUUAACCAGCUAGCCAUGGCUAACUCUGAGGGCUCUGAGGCCAUGCUCAACAGGGUCAUGACCAAGGACAACAUCGGAGUGGCCGUACUGCUGGAGGUCCGCAAGGAGAUGAUGGAGGAAUCCUCGGGGAAGUCUCUGCACGGCAUGGAGAAACAGCUCCUACUGGUGGCCAAUGCCCACAUGCACUGGGACCCGGAGUACUCUGACGUCAAGCUGGUCCAGACCAUGAUGUUCCUGUCUGAGGUGAAGAACAUUGUGGACAAGGCCACGCGCAGCCUCAAACUCUCCUCUGUCUCUGGGGAGACCAACAGCAUCCCUCUAGUGCUUUGUGCUGACCUCAACUCUCUACCAGACUCUGGCGUGGUGGAGUACCUGAGUCAAGGUGGAGUGGACUGCACCCACAAGGACUUCAAGGAGCUGCGCUACCUCGACAGCCUCACCAAUUUUAACUGCAAUGGCAAGAACGGGAACUCCACGUCCAACUCCAGGAUCACCCACGGCUUCAAGCUGAGGAGCGCCUACGAGGACAGCCUGAUGCCUUACACCAACUACACCUUCGACUUCAAGGGUGUGAUUGACUACAUCUUCUACUCCAAGCCUCAGAUCAAUGUGCUCGGCAUCCUGGGUCCCCUGGACUCCAACUGGCUCCAUGAGAACAAUAUCAGCGGCUGUCCGCACCCCCACAUCCCCUCUGACCACUUCUCCCUGUUCACCCAACUGGAGCUGCUGCUGCCCAGCACCCUGCCCCAGGGCCAGGUCAACAACCAGGUCAACAACCAGGUCAACGGCAUCCACCUGCCUGGAGGCCGCAGGUAGUCGUGAGACACCACCGGGGGGAGGGGGACGCUGUAAUUUGGUCUAAAGCCUCUCCCUCCAUCGCCUCUCUUCUUCAAACUGAAGGAGGAAGACAAGACAGGCAACCAUCCUGUUAAAAAAGAAUCAGCCAUACAGUGAGGUCUGGCCGACAGGGAUUUCUGUUAUUAUAGAUAUAUUUUUUAUUUUCCUUGUUUUCAUUUUGAUAAUGCUAAAGUAAAUCCUGUCUGUCCAUUAUAUUAUCUUGUGUUUUAGAUCCCCCUGUCAUUCUUACCCAUAAUGCUUUUGUAACUCCUUAACAGAUGGUAGCAUCCAAUUUCACAAUAUCCCCUUGGCCCAUUAUAGAUAUUGAGAUUAAUUUUUAGCAGUACCAGCAGACUCUUGUUGACUUUGACAUGACCUGUGCAGUCUUGAACAAUGGCACAAGAAAAUCUCUGUCACUUGAGAGCUGUGGACACCUUCAUGAGGCAAGGAGAGAAAGGACACCACAUCUCAAAAUUCGAGCUGAUGGUCUGUCCUAUACCAAUCUCAAACCAGCAAAAACAGUGUUAGACUGGUCUGUCUCACUCUCCCUACCAGCCAAGGCUCGGGGUGGGCCUUCGCUUUUCUCUCCGCUGGGCUCAAUGUGAUGGUACUUAGAUAUCUCCCAUAUAUCUGGAGCAUCCCAUAGGAGAGAGUAGCGCUCCUUCUCUCUGCUACAGGGCCCAUCUCUUUGUGGGUCCACUACUGUGGUGCUCACCUGGUGCUACCAGUCCUCUCCAUUGACUAAUAGAACUCAGUCCAUUGUCUCCCUAUCCAAGUGGUGCAAUA